ACAAUAGUCACAAUGGUGUAUCAAGAGGCUCACGUGUUUACGAUCAACGAACUUAAAUGUAAAUUGCAAAAGGCUGGCUUACCACAGAGCGGGAAUAAAAACGAAUUGAUUACUCGUUUGAUGACGCAUGAUCCGAAAGGAGAAUGGAGACGGGUCGACGAUGAUCAGGAGCAGAUUGACGCCUUAGAAGAAAAUGAGGAACAACAACGCAGGCAGGAAUUUAUGCAGCAAGAGCUUGACCUUGCACGCAGGGAACGUGACCUAAUGAGGAGAGAACUGGAAAUCGCGCGACGCGAGUUAGAACUGCUGCGAGUCAACGUGCAUAGGGAACCCCCACGAGACAGAGACGAAGGUGCACCAGCCGGAGCAUCGUCAUCUCGGAAUAUUAAGGUAAUUUCGGAAAUGUUACCUGAAUUCACCGGGGCUCAGGAUGCUUUUUGGAAGUGGGAGCAGCAGUUAGAGUUCCUCAAGGCCAAUUAUAACCUAGAAGAGUUCUCAAUGCGUCUAAUUGUCGGUCAGCGGCUGAAGGGUGGGGCUCUUGAGUGGUUUCACUCGAAGCCGGAACACUUGGGCAUGAAUCUGCAGGAGUUAUUGGACGAGAUGAAGUCGGUAUUCGACGACCGACCAACGAAACUUGAUCUGAGGCGAAAAUUUGAGGCCCGACAGUGGAAGGCUUUUGAAACUUUUGGCGAAUAUUAUUUGGACAAGCUGGCGCUUGCUAACCGCAUCGCCGUUGCAGAGGACGAGCUGGUUGACUACCUGAUUGAUGGAAUACCGGAUCCAGCACUCCGUAGUCAGGCCAGGAUUCAGAAUUUCUCUUCGAAAACUGAGAUGCUCAAGGCCUUCAAGAAGGUAUCGAUGAGGCGUGAGCACAGGGAAGAAGACCAGAAAGGGCGCACCUUUCUCCAGAAAAGAGAAACAUCUAGGCUAGCUGCCUCAGCUGGAAAUAAAGGCGAGCAGUCGACACGCAGAGAACUUACGGAUGGAUCCAGUGGCCCAUCGAUGGUGGAAGAUAUUCGGAUGUGCAAUUAUUGCAAAAAACAGGGUCAUACGAAAUUCCACUGCCCAGUUCUGUCGACGAGAGGGAAGCCCUGUUACAAGUGCGGCGAGCUAGGCCACAUGAUGAAAGAUUGUCCAGGAAAAAAAUCGCACGUUAACAACGUAGACACGCAGCGAGAAGUCCUAGCAGCAUCGACAUCGGACGAUGAGUAUUUUGAAAAAAUUACCUAGGUUAUUGUUUGGGGUAGAUCAGUGUGGUAAAAUUCGACAACGAACCCAAAGAAAACUAACAAUCGAUGUAUGUAAAUUAUAAUUAAUUACAACUGUAAACUAGAAUAAUUUAGUGAGAAUGACUUAAGAUUAUUUAUUUUGAUAGCGACUUGUGGUCUCCGAGUUGAGAUAAUACCUAUUGGAUUUGUUGAUAUGAAAGUUUGAAAAUUUUGACGAAACUUGUUAUUGUGGAAAUUUGUAGAUGUGUUUCACGAAAUUUUAUCCAGACACUGUAUGAGAAUGUAUAGGAUGUGAACUUGAAAUGUAUAUAUAUAUAUGUGUAGUUCGGGGCGAACUAUUGUCAGGAUAGCCGAACUGUAGUGGGGAAAAAUCGAUAUCCCUAAUAAUAAGUGUAUACUCUCUCGAGAGAGUAUCCUAAAAUCGCCUCCCCCCCCUCUACAGGUUCGAAUUGACGAGUAUCGGUUGAUACUAACUGUGGAACAGUCCGGCGUGAGCCAUCAAAUUGUACUGACCAAAAUAGAUCAGAUAAAAGACAUCUUAAAACACUAGAGUGAUAAUUAAAUCCUGACAAAACCCUCACACUCUUACAUAUUCAACUUAUGUAGAUAACUGGGGCGCAGCGUCAGCGCUUUACGCCUCGAACUGGCCUCUAGCGCGUCACCGUGCGAUGUAAUACGAAUCCACGAGACAAUAAAUACUCGGGGACUCGUAUUCUCUGGGCCAGUUAUCCAAAUACCAUUCAUAAGGAGUUACUUCUUCUGUAAUUAUACUCGCCUGAUACUCUGUGUCUCAGAGCGAGUCUUUAAUUGUUAAUAAACUUGUGGAAUAACCAAUAAAGAUAGUGAAUCAAUUGAAGAUAUCUGCUCCUAUCCUCUAUCCGCGAGUGUGAACCCCGAAACCCGAACCCAACCGCUCGGGUCCAUUACAGUCCGCUAAAUAAUUCAACAUCAAAGUGUUUUGACAUUCGCAGUGCACUACAAUGUAUUUGUUUUAAAAUAAAUCCGGCCAAUUACCGAAACCUCCUGUGCACCAUAAUUUAUCUCCCCGAACUUCCGCACCCACCAUCCCAUCCGGCCCAACCAUCAAACGGAAGAUCAUUAAUUAAACAUUGGUCCUUCGAGCCGGAUUUGGGAGUGAAGUGUAGUGAAGUGAUAAGUGGAACAUUCAACGUGGGAAAAGGACGCCGAGCGCACGCUUGAUUUACAAGGGGCCCACAUCACGGAAACAACGCACACUCACCAAGGAACAAAUGGCCAAAUUCCAUCGCCUGAGUAAAUUUGGAAAUUUAACGGCCAAAUUCCGCAAGGGAUUAACGCGUGAACACAACACGGGCUUUGUUUACGUCGCGGGAGAUCAACGUGGGAACAAAGCCACAAGGUCAGGAUCAAAUCGGGGCACUCAACUUAAAUUCAUCGAGCGCGUUAUCGAUCGACGCGGCGGUCGGUAACACAUCGGCGGCACAUCAUCAACGGUCGGCAAAUACUUACCAACACUGAUCAGAAAACCACCAAAUUAAAAUGCAGCGGGAAGAAUCGUCAUCGUGGGCCAACAUCAUGGAGGAACACGACAAAACGAACCCUUCGGAAUUUUUCUAGUUAAAAAUGCUUUUUGACAAAUAUCUUGUAAAGAAAUAGGUUGACAGCAUUUUGUCAAAAAAAUUUUUUUGGGGACAAUUCAAUUUACACAUUAAAUGUCUGAUCAGGCAAUUACAUCAAUUAUUUUGUUUAUUUAAUAAUCGAGGAUUAUUGUUUAAAUUUUUGAUCUCAUCAGAUUAUUCUUGUAUUCCAA